CCGCGAACUUUUGAGUAGGUAAUCCACUCACUGGUCAGUAAUAUGAUUAUCUUUCUUAUUGACUCAUGUAUUACCUAAAUUACUGAAAACUACUCUUAACACGUCCAAAAAUAAGCAAAUUACAUAGCGAAGUAGACAAUCAAUGGAGAUCUCUACCUCGAUUGCACUGAACAUAAUUCUUCAUGAUGCAGUGAAAGAAUUCAAGAUUUUAGCUAAUAUUGUUGAUAUUAUGCGCAAGAAGAAGCGGGAAAUCAAUGCCGGACACUCGGAAGCGGAAGAAUUUGUAACUGAACAAAUGAAUAAGAUAUUGAAGAAAUACUCCUUUAAAUACAGUGUCAGUUUAAAGGAUAUACAUAUUGAUGUUCUUAAAGAAAUACAGAGAAGUUCUGCAACAACCGGAUAUCCAUCGACUGCAAUGAUUAUUGAAGAUUCAUUUUCAUCCAUAAAAUACUCAGAAAAAUUACUGAAAGAAAUUUUUUAUCUGAUUUUUGUACUCGAGAAACUGGCAAAAGAAAUAAAGCAAAUAGGGUUUUGUGAAACAUUACAACAGUCAUUAGACGAAGAAGAAUCUGAAUUCAAAGAAAUAGAACACAUAUUAGCAAGGGAACAAAAAGCGCGUGAGAAAAUAAAGGAAGUGAAAAAGAAGAUUGAAGAGAAAAAUGAAGAAGGUUUGAAAAUCAUAGAACAAGGCAGGGAAACUGUUUCUCACUUAAAAGACCAAGUUCAGGAAAUGAAAGCUAAAAUAAUUAUGGAAGAAAAGUAUACAACACGUUCGUCUACCGUGAAAUUAGAAGAAUUUCAGUGUCAAUGUGAUCAGAAAGAAAAUGAAGUCAAAAAUCAGAUUGACUUCACUCUAUCCAGUGGCAGUAAAGAAGAAAGAGUUCAUGCAGAAGUUACCUCUUAUUUAAAUGAACGUCUAUCUUAUUUAAAAAAGCAUGCAGAAUUCUGGCGUGAUAAAGCUGAAAACGAAAUUGCACAAUUUAGAAAAGAUUUAGGUCAACUCAAGGAUAAAAAAGAGAAAAACUUGAAUAAGCUACAUGAAUUUUCGGCUGGGCUUUCGUCUAGACUGUGGCAUCAUAUUAACGUUAUAGCACAAAUCCCUGCAAUCAUAAAAAUGGCCAAAAAACGUACAAAUUCCGAUUUUGCGUCAAAGUUGAACAGUAUAGCUGAUAAGUAUAAUUAUGAAUUCCCACACUGUGAUGUGGUAGAUUUGAUGGAUUUUUCAGUCGUCAAAGAAGGAGACUUUUUAUCAUUAUUACCAGAUGUAGCGUCGUCGAAUAAUAAGAACGGUUAUAAUAAUUAUAAUGAUAGUGAUGAAGAUGGUGAAAAUUGUCAACCUCUCCGUACCAGUAAUACAGACUCUCACACAGAUAUUGUAGAUACAAGUUCUGAUAGUGGAGAUUAUGAUUCUGAUGCAGACGACGAAUUGACAAGAAUUCCGCGGACUGCAGAAGUUGAACACACCAGGAAUAGCAGUGGCAAAAAGAGUCACAAAAAUAUAAGUGUGUCCUUAUCUCGUCUGCUAUCAGAAAACCCAGUUUUACCAUUGAAAAGACGAAGAUUUAAUUCAGUUGAAAUAGCGAACUCAUUCACUAGUAGUGAGAGUUCAAAGAAUGGUCCGUCAGGUAGAAAAGAUUAUUCGCGACGUACAACACCACGGAUGAAAUUUAAUAUCGAUCACCGUUUUAAACGAAAACCUUUCAGUAAGCAGAAAUCGCCAUCAUACAAGGAACGUGUAGCUGAAUGGUUAGCAUAUCAAGAAGCCUAUAUGUCAACAUUCGUACACAAAUGA